UGCACACGAAAGCUCAUACCAAAAUAAAAACUUAGUUGGUCUUUAAGGUGCUACUGAAGGAAUUUUUUUAUUUUGCUUCGACUCAGACCAAAACGGCUACCUACUGUAACUAGAUAUAUGUUUUCAGUUAAUUUCACUAAUUUUAGGACUGUAUAGUGAGAUUUAGCACCGGUUAGAAUAUGUUUUCCUUUGGAAACAUGGAGAGAACACAUAGUUGCAUUUGAGAGGUUUGAGGAAGUAUGUCCCCGAAAUAUGGCUGUUACAAAAGAAUGAAAAAUCUUGUUUCUGAUUGGAGUGUGACAUAGAUGACAUUUCCUAUAUGCUUCUACCAACCUCUGUAGGCCUGCCAACAUUUACUUCUGUUCCUUUACUGCUGUGACUUAUAUAUCCUUUAGCAAAUUACUUGGCAAACUCUGGUUUUAGAAGCCAGAGUUGUUGGCUGUAUUUAUUGAGAUUGAUAGCCAACCUCAUUCAUUCAGGCUCAAGCCACAAAGCAUUUCCUUGUCAUAUUGAUGUUCCUAACAACUCUCUGUGUGAAGUUUUCAUAGCUUCUGUAUUCCCUUUGAGUAUGGGAGACUGUUAGAGGCAGUAUAGUGACUGGCAGGGGUGGUGGAGGUGGUGGAAAUAUUUCUAAUUGUAAAGAAAACUUUUCCCCAGUUAGACAAACUUUCCCCCAGCUGGACAGCUGUUGAUGCCUUCUUCUGAAUUUCUUGAAUUGAAAGGUGACAUAAAAAUGCAUCAGAUAAAGGUGCAAGAGCAAGAAAUGUGAUAUUUAAAAAUUGGAAAUAUUCUCAACCCAUCUAAGAAGAGUAACUGACUGGGUGUGUUAUGGCAAAUCCAGAAAAUUUGCCAUAUUAACAACUAAUAAGGUAAAGGUAAAGGGACCCCUGACCAUUAGGUCCAGUCGUGACUGACGCUGGGGUUGCAGCGCUCACCUUGCGUUAUUGGCCAAGGGAGCCAGCAUGCAGCUUCCAGGUCAUGUGGUUAGCAUGACAAAGCCGCUUCUGGUGAACCAGAGCAGCACAUGGAAAUGCCGUUUACCUUCCCGCUGUAGUGGUACCUAUUUAUCUACUUGCACUGUGUGCUUUUGAACUGCUAGAUGGGCAGGAGCUGGGGCCGAGCAACAGGAGCUCACCCCAUCGUGGGGAUUUGAACCGCUGACCUUCUGAUCGGCAAGCCCUAGGCUCUGUGGUUUAACCCACAGCGCCACCUGUGUCCCAUUAACAACUAAUAUUAACAACUAAUUGCAUUUGCAAGAGCUUGUAUAGACCUAUGCCCAUUUCACAUUGGAUACUGGCCCACAAAAGCCCAUGAGACCCCAAAAAUCCUUUGUAGGUUGCCGUAGGCAUCCCUAUUUUUCCUUUAGUGAUUGCACCUUUCUUAGAAUCAGUGGUUUUUUUCUGGGGGUACUCAAGGAUAUGUAGUGCCGGCAACCCCCCCCCCUCCGCCAAAUAUUGGCACUUACUGUAACAACUUCAUGGUGAGUACCAGCACCUUAAUAAAAAAACAGAGCCAUGCUUAGAAUGUAGUGUGAACUGAGAAAAAUAUAUAUUUCUCAGCUGUCUGGAAAUUUGGGAUCAGGAGCAAAAACGAGAGAAAACAAAAUAUAAUGAAAUAUAUAUCAUAGAAUCAUAGAGUUGGAAGAGACCACAAGGGCUAUCCAGUCCAACCCCCUGCCAAGCAGGAAACACCAUCAAAGCAUUCUUGACAUAUGGCUGUCAAGCCUCUGCUUAAAGACCUCCAAAGAAGGAGACUCCACCACACUCCUUGGUAGCAAAUUCCACUGCCGAACAGCUCUUACUGUCAGGAAGUUCUUACUAAUGUUUAGAUGGAAUCUUCUUUCUUGAAGUUUGAAUCCAUUGCUCUGUGUCCGCUUCUCUGGAGCAGCAGAAAACAAUCUUUCUCCCUCCUCUAUAUGACAUCAUUUUAUAUAUUUGAACAUGGCUAUCAAUAUCACCCCUUAACCUUCUCUUCUCCAGGCUAAACAUACCCAGCUCCCCAAGCCAUUCCUCAUAAGGCAUCGUUUCCAGGCCUUUGACCAUUUUGGUUGCCCUCUUCUGGACACGUUCCAGCUUGUCAGUAUAUUUAAAAAAUCCUGCUUGCUUCAGGAACAAAACUUCCUGUUGGCACAGUGAAGGUUUUUCUCUGAGUGACUGGGCGCAACAGAAGCUGCUAUAAAGGCCACUAGAGCAGUUGAAAAGCAUAACAGUGAUUGCUUUCCAAGAGAGGACUUUGUCCGUAGCUGUUCAAGGGUUUGUGUCAAUUUGUAAUAGCCAUCUUGUUUCACAAUCCACCGAUUUACUUGGCAAGCUACUAAGCAAGCAGAUGGUUGGGGAAACAGCCUUGCGAGCUGUCAAAAAAGAAGACAAAGCCUGACAGUGGUUCUCGCUAUAUCACCUCCCAACACCUAUGGACUGGGGACUGGGGAUGCAUAACAAAUGGAAGAUUAGGCUCUCCAGAUGCAGUCUAGCUAUUUUGCUAGUUUCCUCCGUAUUUCCCCAAAUGUGUGAUGCGGCCCCGUCAAGACCCAACAUUUUGUUGAUAAUGGCGGAUGACCUUGGCUAUGGUGAUUUGGGAUGCUUUGGUAAUGAUACACUCAGGACUCCUAAUAUUGACCAGCUAGCAAGGGAAGGAGUGAAGCUUACUCAGCAGAUUGCUGCAGCUUCGCUUUGUACCCCAAGCAGAGCAGCUUUCCUGACUGGCAGAUACCCCAUCAGAUCAGGUAUGGUGUCCAGACAUGAGCCCCGUGUCAUCAUGCGGACUGGUGCUUCUGGAGGACUCCCCACGAAUGAAACAACAUUUGCUAAGUUAUUACAGCAACAGGGCUACACCACGGGCCUUUUAGGAAAAUGGCACCAAGGCAUGAACUGUGAAUCCCACAAUGACCACUGCCACCACCCUUUAAACCAUGGCUUUGAUUACUUCUAUGGCACACCUUUUACACUUGUGAAUGAAUGCCAGGCUAACAAGGAUCCUGAGAUGAACGUCCAACUGCAAGCUAUGUAUUGGUUUUACACCCAGGUGGCCGCUCUUUUGGUGUUCACUCUUGUGCUGGGACGAACUACUGGUUUGUUCUAUGUGAAAUGGAAAAUAAUUGCCUUCACUGCUUCAUGUGGUUUCCUAUUUUUCAUCUCCUGGUUUGCCAAUUAUGGAUUUGUAAGAUACUGGAACUGCAUCAUGAUGAGGGAUCACAUCAUUACUCAGCAGCCAAUAAAGCUGGAAAAUGCUGCCUCCAGGAUAUUGAAAGAGUCGAUCUCAUUUAUUAAACGAAACAAAAAAGGACCGUUCCUCCUCUUUGUUUCUUUGUUACACGUCCACACACCCUGUUUCACCACAAAGAUGUUUCAUGGAAAAAGCAGGCAUGGUUUAUAUGGAGACAAUGUAGAGGAAAUGGACUGGAUGGUGGGAAAAAUUCUUGCUGCUGUUGACAAAGAGGGCUUGAGGAACAACACUUUUACUUACUUUACUUCUGACCACGGCGGCUUUUUGGAGGCUAGACAGGGUAUUACCCAGCUAGGUGGCUGGAACGGUAUAUACAAAGGUGGAAAAGGUAUGGGAGGCUGGGAAGGAGGAAUCCGUGUGCCUGGAAUAGUUCGCUGGCCAGGGAUAGUCCCUGCUGGCAGUGUUAUUGAUGAACCAAUAAGUCUUAUGGAUAUCUUCCCCACAGUGGCUCACUUGGCUGGGGCAUCGAUCCCACAAGACAGGGUGAUUGAUGGAAGGAGCCAGGUAGCUUUGCUACAGGGAGAAGUGCAGCACUCAGAGCAUGAAUUCAUGUUUCACUACUGUGGGUCGCACUUGCAUGCGGUGCGCUGGUACCAGAAAGAGAGUGGUCCAGUAUGGAAAGUUCAUUACAUCACACCAAUAUUCAACCCCAAAGGUGCAGGAGCCUGUUAUGGGAAAGGGAUUUGCCCAUGUUCUGGAGAAGGUGUGAUACAUCACGACCCUCCCCUGCUGUUUGAUCUCUCGAAAGACCCAUCAGAGUCCGUGCCUCUUUCACCGGACAUGGAGCCCUUGUUCCACACAGUCCUAAAGCACACAGACAGAGCUGUGGAGGAGCAUCGCAAGACCAUCACUCCGGUCCCACAGCAGCUCUCUCCUGACAACCUUAUGUGGAAACCAUGGCUUCAGCCAUGCUGUGGGACCUUCCCAUUCUGUUGGUGUGACAAUGAAGAAAGUGAUACCCAUUCAAAUAAAGUGGGCUAG